CUGGAAUCGUCAUAACCACUCGAAAAUCGGACAGAACGACUGACAAGCUGACGAGCUGACAGACAGACAGACAGACACACACACAAGGAGAGAGAGUGAAAGCAACAUGCCUGCGUUCGGUUCUCGGCUGGUCCUUUUCUCUUUACCGUUGCUGAUUUUGUCCGUCUUGUCCCCUUGCUGCGCUGGGAGAUCGUAUUGGGAUCAAUCGGCCCCUUGUAUUCGUGAAUAUUUUAUAGCGGCCAUCGAAAAAAAUUGGGAUUAUGCUCCCUCUGGGAAAGAUCAAGUGUUUGCGUCAAAUGAAAGUGAAAAGUUUUUGGUCAAUUCACUCAUCCGGAUCGGAAGAAUAUACAAGAAAGUCAUUUACGAACAAUUCACUAAUGGCCAGUUCAACAAGAUCAAACCAAAAGAGAAAUGGAUGGGAUUGCUCGGACCAGUUAUACGAGCAGAGGUUGGGGACACGAUCGUCAUACAUUUCCGGAAUAUGGCUACUCGCGAAUUCUCUGUCCACCCUCACGGUGUGAGAUACACAAAAGGAAACGAAGGUGCGUUAUAUGUGGACAAUACAUUUGGGCCUUUGAAAAAGGACGAACAUGUGCAACCCGGAGAGAGCUACAUGUACACGUGGGACAUCACAAGCGAAUUUGCACCACCCGCAGGAGAUUCGGCUUGCAUCUCAUGGGUAUAUCACUCACAUAUCAACACGCCAGUCGACACAAACUCGGGUCUCAUCGGUCCGCUCAUUACAUGUAAACGAGGCACAUUGCGAACCGAUGGCAGCCGUAUUGACGACAAAAAGGAGUUUAUCCUACUUGCCAAAACUUAUGACGAGAACGUGAGCUUCUACAGCGACGAGAACCAGAAGAGAUGUGGUGAUCCGAACGAGUGCAAAAAGUUAGCGGAAGAAGAAGAUGAAGAAUACAUGGACAGCAACCUAAUGAGAACGUUUAAUGGUUACGUUUACGGCAAUGGUCCACCAUUUGUCCUAAAUGCAAACGAGGAGGUCAUCUGGUAUGUAAUGGGCAUGGGGAAAACGAAGCAGGCAUACACGGUAUUCAGUUUGCUGGACAAGUCAUGGUACAGUACGAUUGAGGCCAUGCAGGCAUCGUUUAGAUCGGCCACGAUGAAGCCAAUGAAUCCGGGAAGAUGGCUUAUUAGUUGUGCUGUGACGGAACACUAUACUGAUGGAGCGCUUGCAUUUUUGGACGUGAAAUCUCAAGGAACUUACACCAAAAACUGGCGGUUUCCGAUAAACAAUAAAAUUAAAUACUACUAUUUGUCCAUAGAAGAACGUUUUUGGGAUUAUGCACCAAGUGGAAAGAACAAUUUGACUGGAGCUAAUUUGUCAGACGAUCCGAAUACUGAAGGAGCGUUUACAAGUGGACCUCAUAGAAUUGGUAGAUGUUACAAGAAGGCUAGCUUUUUCCAGUACAAAGACUCAACUUUCACCACGAAAAUCAAAACUCCCGAUAACAUGGGUUUAUUAGGACCAGUGAUUCGUGUUUAUGAAGGUGACAAAGUUGUCGUGGUCUUAAAGAACUUUGCCACCCUUCGACCUUACUCUUUCUUACCCCAUGGUGUAACAUAUACGAAACCCAACGAGGGUACCGUAUACAACGACAGCAAAAUAAUAACUGGCAGAAUUGUUAAACCUGGGAAAAAGAAGACCUAUGAAUUUUUCGUCCCUAAACUCAGUGAUUCAGAUCCGAUGUGUAAAGUGUUUCUUUAUCAAUCUUCGGUGAAUCACGUGAGAGAUUUAAACUCAGGUCUCAUUGGUCCAUUACUUAUUUGCAAGCGUAUCAGUCAAUAUAUCAGACCACAUCUCCUUCGGAACCAUCUUGAAUAUUUCCUCCUCUUUAAUACAUUUGAUGAGAAUCUAUCAUGGUAUUUGGAUCAAAACAUACAGAAAUUUGCCACAGAUCCACAAGGAGUUGACGUUACAAAUGAGGAUUUCGCAGAGUCAAAUAAAAAACAUGGUAUCAACGGGUUGGUAUAUGCUAAUCUCCCCGGAUUAAAUAUGUGUGUAGGAGACCAAGUUGACUGGUAUGUGAUGUCGUUCGGAAACGAACAGGAUGUACAUUCGCCAUAUUUCCACGGACAUACCUUCCAACAAGAAAACUUCAGAGAAGACACAAGCAACUUAAUUCCAGCUCAGUCGUGGACUUUGCAAAUGACAACCCAAAAUCCAGGCCGCUGGCUCCUUGAAUGUCGAACUACGAUUCACUUCAAAGAAGGCAUGAGGGCAUUUUACAACGUUAAAAUAUGUUAUAAUGCUCCAGACUUGCCUCGCAAAACGAAUAUUCGUCGUUAUUUUAUCGCAGCAGAAGAAUUAAGGUGGGAUCAUGCCCCAAAGAAGAGAAGUAUAGUCACUGGUAACGACUUGAAUAAUGUAGAUGAGGAUGGCAACAUUUAUAUCCGUCAUAACCAAUACUUCAUCGGUUCCGUAUACAAGAAAGCUCUGUUUCGCGAAUAUACAGACGAGAAAUUCGACCAAAGAGUUGUGAGAGACAGCAGCGAUGUACAUCUUGGAGUCAUGGGGCCAAUAAUAAGAGCUGAGGUCGGAGAAACUAUUGAGGUGCAUUUCAAGAACAAGGCGUCCAGACCAUAUUCUAUGCUUCCCCAUGGGUUAUAUUUUCAGAAUGAGGAAGAUGGAGAACUUUAUAAUGCAAGUAAUCCAACUGCUGCUUCUAAAGUAAUGCCCAACAGUACUUUUAAAUAUACUUGGAGAGUUCCAGCAAGUUCUGGACCAGGUGCUAAAGACCCCAAUUGUAUUUCAUGGCAUUACAUUUCGGCUGUGGACCCAAUUAAAGAUGUCUACAGUGGAUUGAUUGGUCCGAUAAUUAUUUGUCGAAAAGGUAUUUUGAAUAAUAACGAGAAAAGAAAGGACGUCGAUAAAGAAUUUGUGUUCUUGUUUUGGGUUUUGGACGAGAACCAAAGUUGGUAUUUCAAAGACAACAUCAACUAUUAUGCUCCAGGUAGAAAGAAGAUAUCUGGUGACGAGGACUUCGAGGAAAGUAAUUUAUUUCACUCAAUUAACGGUCAAAUCUACGGCAACAAUGAAGGUCUGUUAAUUAAUGUUGGUGAUAAAGUUGCCUGGUAUUUGAUGUCGUAUGGAAGCGAGAACGACGUCCACGUUGUUCAUCUCCACGGUCAGACGUUCAUAAACAAAGCCGGAAUGCGUCAGAGGAGUGACGUCAUAACAAUUUCGCCUAGCACCACACGCCAGGUUGAAUUCGAGGCCACCAACCCUGGUACUUGGUUCUUACACUGUCACGUCAACGACCAUAUCGCCGCCGGCAUGGAAACCGUUUACACAAUUCUGAAGAAGCGCUCUCAUCUGGUAAGAUCUUUCAACCCGUUUGGAAACCGAGACUACUAGAGAAAAGGGAUCCUUUUGCCAACCAUUCAGUGUAUGAUUAAAUAUUAAACACGAAUGGUUCUAAUUACUUUCCAUAUUAACUUUUAUAACCUCGAACAUUUUCUAUGCAAUAAACACAUUUUUACAAUUUA